CCACUAGUAGAGCGAUAUGUUGCUAGCGGGUACAGCAAUCCGGAGGUCAUAUCACGUCUUCGAACGCACAAGGAGACCAGUAAUUUCAAGAUAUCAUUUAGCCUCCUGAAAAAGUGCCGCUCACAAUGGGGACUCAAGUUUACCCGUGGUCAAGCACACAAUCAAGAGCAUCGGACCUGCAAUUCCCCAAACAAGGUUCUCACGACAUGAAGCAAACACUGCUGCAGGAGGAGCAGCUUAUGGUUCCGAGGUUGUAUAUAUCAUUCCUUGCAACGAGUUUACACUCAUCGCACAAUUUCAGAACUUUAAUACUCCAGUACAUGAAUGUUCAUCACGCCAUCAUCGUCCCGAUGUCAGGGGAGCCCCAUCAUGUUCCUUUACCGUCCAUCGCUCUCGCAGAUAUGAAGAUUCUCAAAGAUCGCUUCACCAGGGCAAUAUGAGAUUUAUCUCGAAUGAACCCAGGGGAGUCGGGGACGGAUCUCAUAGUACUCUUGCAG